GGCGUGUCAGAAAAAACGCAGUAAGGGUUUCAUCCUCGGCAUAUGCAAUAGCACCCGAUGGACUCGCAGCGUAGCAUCGCCCUGCAAACCCUCCAGGCAAAGACGCCCGACCACGCCGAGGUCUUGGAAGAGAGCAUCUAUCGCUAUGCCACCACAACUUACAAGGGCGUGUGCAGCUGGAUCAACCCGCAGUUCCGAGACGCAUACAAGUCCCGCGCCAUCAUGAUGCUAUCGAACGUGGAGGCCAUCAUCGGCAUGUUCAACUCGGGUGCCAUUCAAGACCCUGCCAACUGGACGACCUGACACACCAGAGCCUUCGUCCGGACGCUUGGCUGGUGCAAGACCAGGGGGCCACUGGCACGACAGCGGCAGCAGCGACAAACGGCAAGUCCGGAGGAGCCGACGGCCAGAUGAAAUGCACCGACUGUGCUCGCAUGGGCAGAGACUCAUACAACACCGAGUUCGUCCUGGCCCAGCAUCGCUCUUCGGACGAGGCCAGCACCAUUUACGCCCACUGCUCCGCCCACAUCGCAUUCCAUCGCAUUCCAUCGCACACCAUCAUACCAAACGCAAGUCACCACCUGUAUCAUUCUCCCAGAUUGCCAAGAAGAGCACACUUGGCAAUGCCCAAGAGAAUACCACAUCCAUGCAUUCCAGACCACCCGGCACAGCCACAGAGGAGCUUCAUCGUGGCCUUGGUCAAUGCCGCGAAUACUGGAUGCGUCUCUUCCAUGGCAAAACUGGCGUACCACUACGCAAAGGGAGAUGGCGUCGAGAAGAACGACGGCAUCGCAUCCAAGUGGUUCAUGAAGGCUUGCGAGCAUGGUCAUCUACCCUCGCAGUACACACUGGGAGUUCGCUUCCAGAAUGGCAUUGGUCUCCCAAUCGACCAUGUGAAAGUCGCCAGGCUACUGAAGCAGCCCAAUGGAUCAAUCAUCCCGAUCGGGCCCCAUCUCACCAACAGCAUCCUCGACCAGCAAGAUCCUGUUUUGGCUGCCAAGGUGUAUUCCAUCCUGGCCGCGAGGAACAACGCCGAGUCACAGGUUCGUCUUGGUCGAUGCUACCGAGAUGGCAUCGGAGUCCCCAAGAAUCACCAAGAAGCAUUCUUCAACUUCCGAAAGGCGGCCGAAGUGAAGAACCUCACUGGCUGCUUCGAGUUUGGAAUGCGGCUACCUCAAUGGCAUUUAUGUCGACAAGGACUCGACCAGGUGCCUCAAACGGCUUGUCCUCGCAGCCGAUGGUGGUCUGGCCUGUGCUCGGAAUGGCAUUGGCACCCUCUACUAUGACAGUAUCGGCAUCGUCAGAGACAGCCACAUUGCAGUAUCAUGGUUCAAGAAAGCCGUCGAUCAAGGACAUUCGAGCGCACAGUACAACCUCACCUGUGCGUACUUUGAGGAUGAUGGUGUAGAGAAGGACAACGACAAGGCAUUCGAGUUCUUCUCCAAGGCAGCUGAUCAGUCAUUUGCUGAGGGCAUCUCGGGACUCGCAACAUGCUACCAGUCUGGCCGUGGUACAGUUGCUCCAUUAUCAUGUCGUUCGAAUUGCACACUCAAGCAGCCGCACUUGGGUCAGAGUUCUCGUUUGAGGUGAUCCGCUUCAAGUACCUCAAUGACUUGGAUGACAACCAGGUCAACGCCGUC